UAUUCUCUUACAUUUCUUCUACUUCACAAAUUCUUUUCCACCACAGUAGGCCUCCAGGAAAAAUUGGAACAAGAAAUCGGAAGAAUUUACGAGAGCUUGUAAUUCGUUUCGGUGCUUCGAAUGCGACGGCCGAUUUCUCUGAAUCCCCGCUGUUUGGGAAAAAAUUAUAUAUUUAUAGGGUUUGGCGACCGUCCUUUUAGAUUAAAUCCAUCAUAUUUUAUACGAGAAUUUGCUGUAUUUAACAUGGCGGCUCUAAGAGGUGACCAACAAAACAGAAGCAAUGGGUUCCGUGAAGGGAAAGGGUUGAAGCUUGAAGAUUACAUUAGACAAGAAAAUAUAAUAGGAUCUUCCAACUUAUCAAUUCAAGAUCAAGAAAGAAAAGAGAGAUUCCCUUUCCGAUCAACUACAGAAAGUCAAGAAAGAAGAUCUUUGAGCUGGUCUUCUGCUCAAUAUCAUGAAGGAAGUCAAAUAAAUUACAAUUGUUCUAGUACAGAACAUCAAGAAAGACACUCAAAAAGAUUCAACACUGAUGAAGUUGCAAUUCAGUUAAGUGAUGAGAAUGUUCUGAGUAAUCCCAGUCUGCGAGGGAUCAAGGCUUUUAGGGUAGCCUCCUCAAAGAUUAGUCGAUCAAUGAAGAAACGACUUACAAGCUCUGAUAGCAAACUUUUUAUCAGAGAUGUACGUGAUCCAAAGGAACAAGAUAUGGUUCACUCAUUUCGGAAGUUGCUUUUGGAAAAUAAUUUACUUCCAGAAAAGUAUGAUGAUUACCAUACUCUCUUACGGUUUUUGCAUGCAAGAAAGUUUGAUCUUGUUAAAACGAAAGAAAUGUGGGCUAUCAUGCUGCAAUGGCGCAAAGACUUUGGUGCAGAUACAAUUGAACAGGAUUUUAUCUUCACCGAAUGGGAGGAAGUAAAGAAGUGCUAUCCACAUGGUUAUCAUGGAGUUGACAAGCAUGGGAGGCCAGUUUACAUUGAAAGGAUAGGGAAGGUAGAUCCUAAUGCAUUGAUGCGGAUUACCACUAUGGAAAGAUAUAUGAAAUAUCAUGUGCAAGAGUUGGAGAAAAGUCUCAAGGUUAGGUUUCCUGCUUGUUCAAUAGCAGCAAAAAGACAUAUAGACUCAACAACUGCGAUCUUGGAUGUUACUGGUGUGGGUUUGAAGAAUUUCACCAAGGCUGCCAGAGAUUUAAUAAUAGAAAUACAGAAGAUUGAUGGUCUAAACUAUCCAGAGACCUUGCAUACCCUACUAAUUGUGAAUGCCAGUUCUGGGUUCAAGCUUUUAUGGAAUACAAUAAAGGCAUUUCUAGAUCCUAGAACAGCAGCGAAAAUUGAUGUUUUAGGCAGCCAAUACCAGAGUAAGGUCUUUGAAAUCAUAGAUAGAAGCCAGUUGCCAGAAUUUUUGGGUGGAACUUGCACCUGUGAUGGCCUAGGUGGUUGCUUAUUUUCUGAUAGAGGUCCUUGGAAGGAUACAAAAAUAAGGAAGAAAGUUAUGGAGGGAGUUCCAAAGUCUGCAACAAAAAUUAUUUAUGCUGAUUCCAAAGGCAAUAAUCCUUCUACACCCGCGACUUAUAAGGAUAUUGAAAAUGAGGAAUUUUUAGCCACAACAAUGGAUGAAGAAAUCUCACCAGCAAUUUCUAGCGAAUUAGGAGCACAGUGCCAAAACUCAGCUUACCAAAAUGCCGAACAGUUAAGCCAAUUAGGAGAAAAUUUGGAUGUCACCGAUAUCGAACAAAUUCCUAAUGUCUCUAAGAGGUCUGAUGAUCAUAAGGAAGAGAUCAAUGGUGACAAUAAAUUGAAAGAUAAUAAACUUCCAAGGGGUUAUCUUGAAACUAUUUGGACUAUUUUUCGACUGUUAAUGGCUAUUAAGCCAUCAUUGCAGCUGUUGAAGAAUAUGAUCAGUUCGAGUGCAAUUAGAGGAAAGGACAAUGGAGGAAUAGAAAAGAUUCCAUCUAGUGGGCAAAAGGUGCUUGACACAGAACAGAGAGAAAACUUAGACUCGGCUCUUACUCCUAAACCUAUAUCGACUGAAGAUCUCAACUCUCAAAGAAUAAUCAGAUUAGAGGCUGAACUUGCAGAGACAAAAAUGGCUUUGAAAGUUGUUACCGCCAGACAGGAUGAACUCCAGAAUAGUUUGGAACAAUUGAAAAGUACAGCCUUUGCAAAAAGGCGAUGUGGUUGGAGACGACAUUAUGACUGAUUGGGAACUGAUCUGUAAGCUGCUUGAUGCUGGCACCUUUAAAGGUUCACUGGUUAUGGGUUGUCACAAGCAUGAUUAAUGAGAUUCAAAUUUUGAUUGAAUCUCCAUAUCAUUUUUUUUCUGUUUGGCAUCACACUUAUACUUGAGUGCAAUGCAAACAGCAUGUAGAAUAUGUAAAUGUUAUUAAUAAUUACAUUUAUUAAUGCAGUUUCUUUAA